UCUGCAGUGAUCUUCCUGCUUUCAUUAUGGCUAGUGGUGUGCAGAGUGGGCAGCUUGGAGUAUGGCUGUGUGUGUUGGGCUUUGUUCUGGCACAGGAUCAAAGUAAAUACUUUGGAUCGAAAGGGUCUGAUGACCUGUUUCACAGAUGCCAAGUCAGUGACUUUGCCAGAGUGCCAUGUGGAGACCCUGAUAUUAGUGGUGCUGGCUGUGAAGCUCUCAGCUGCUGCUUUGACCAACAGUGUUACUACGCAAAUGAAGUUACUGUCCACUGUCUCCCGGAUGGGCUGUUCAUGGUUGUGGUGUCCAGAGCCUCUACCAUGCCUAUGCUUGACCUUGGUUCUGUGAACAUGCUGGUGGGUCACCGUGAUGGUUACUGUGGUCCUGUUAGUGCCUCGCCUGCUUUUGCGGUCUUCCAAUUCCCAGUCAGUGCCUGUGGAACCACAGUGACGGUGGAAGAGGAUUUUGUGGUCUAUGAGAACAAGAUGUCAUCCUCCUAUGGAGUGGCAGUUGGACCUUUGGGCUCCAUCACGAGGGACAGCAUUUAUGAGCUGGCCUUCCAGUGCAGGUAUUAUGGCAGUGAGGUGGUUUCUCUGGUGGCUGAGGUGAAUACGGUGCCUCCUCCCCUCCCAGUAGCUGCUCCAGGGCCCCUCCGUGUUGAGCUCCGACUGGCUAGUGGGCAAUGCGGGGCCAAAGGAGAAAAGGGAGUUGAAGGCUGUUCUAAUGCGGAGGUGUAUAGUGACUACUACAGGGAUGCGGACUACCCUUUGACCAAGGUGCUACGGGAACCUGUGUAUGUGGAAGUGCGGAUCUUGGACAGGACCGACCCACACCUUGUCCUGCUUCUGGAAGACUGCUGGGUGACCUCAACCUCUCACCCCCUUAGCCUGCCCCAGUGGAGCCUCUUGGUUGAUGGGUGUCCCUACCAUGAUGACCCUUACCAGACAUCCUUGGUUCCUGUGGAUGGCUCUUCGGGACUUCCCUUCCCCACCCACUACAAGCGGUUUAUUAUGCAGAUGUUUACCUUUGUGGAUUCGGCAUCCCUUGUUCCACUGAAUGAAAUGGUGUACAUCCACUGUAGUACACAGGUUUGCCUCCCCACUGCUGCUGACCAGUGUGAACGGCAAUGUGGAAGAGGAAAACGAAGACGAUCAAUUGCUCCUUCACGAAAGCGUUCCAUUGAGGAAAAGUCGGUUUCCAGUAAGGCACUUAUGAUGGCCAAUGUCAUGCCCGCAGCGGCAGGUCGAACCCUUCACAGUGAAGUGCCCCGGUCUCUUGGUUUCAGUUUCCUGGGUGUGGCUGCUUGUGCUGUGCUUCUCUCUGCCCUCGCACUGGCUGCUGCGUGUACUAAACCAUCUCCGGUGGAAGUGAAGGUGUGAACGGUUACAAAAUAAAGCUAUUUUAUAAAAAAUAAAAAAA